CGACGAUUGAGCUUCCUUGCAUGUCGUGUCCACAUUCAAUAAACCAGUUGUUUUGUGUGAUUUACAUUCAUCCACGUCGAUGGAUCAUCAAAAUUUGAUAGCGGAGGGUGAUAAUGUCAUACUGAAGAAAGAUAAAACCUUGAGAGUGUACAGAGCUCUUAAAAAAGAGAAAGCGGUUCUGGAGAAAAGGCAUUUUUCUCUUGCCCCCGUCAUUGGUCAUCCCUAUGGUUCAACAUGGGAGCUUCAGGGAAACAAUCUUGUACAAGUUCUUGAGAAGACAACAUCCCAAGACUUGGCUCAACAGAUAGAUAAAGGAGGUGCCGAUAAUAGAGGUAUAUUUGCUGAUGACUCUUCCCAAAAGCUUGAUAAAGAUGAUAUCAUGGAUCUCAAGGGACAAGGGAAGAGUGGACAGGAGAUAAUUGACCAAUUGAUUGAGAAUAGCUCUUCCUUCAAUGAGAGAACUGUAUAUUCCAAAGCAAAGUACCUCAAAAAGAAAAGAAACAAGCAUAUCCUAAGAUUUGUGGUACUUCGGCCCUGUACAAGACUCAUGUGCGAGAUGUAUUUCAACAGAGCACCAUCAAAAGUCAUACAAAUCCGCAUUGACACAAUGGCCCAGCUCCUGACAGCCGCCAAUGUUCAAUCUGGAAUGAAAGUGAUGGUUUUAGAACACUGUCAUGGUCUGCUGGUGGCAGCCGUCAUGGAAAGACUUGGAGGUAAAGGGACAGUUGUUCAUUUUCAUUCUGAAGACGGGCCUAUGAAUUCCGCACUCCAAGCUUUCAACUUUCCACCAGAAAGCAAAGAAAUGAUAAGGCCAUUCAAUCUCAGAGAUGUCCAUGAAAAACUCAUCCUAAAGAAACCAGUCGAGACGAUUAGUGCAGACUCUAAAGAUUUAAAUACAAGCCAGAAAGAAGAUGAAGUGGCAAACAAAGGAUGUGAUCUUUCAGAGGAACCAGUUGCUAUGGAAACAGACUCAAACGAUAACCCAGAUGUUGUCGCUCGUCAAACUAAUGCUGCAGAAUCAUCAGCCACACCAGAGAAAUCUAAGGACCUUACCGCCAGCGAGACAGAAAACAAUGUAACCGAAAAAGAAUGUGAUCAUUUAAAAGAACCUGUUGCCUUGGUAACAGACUCUAGCAAAAAUGGUUUAUCAGAUUCUGUUACUGGUGAGAAUGAUGCAGCAAUAGCCAAACCAGAGGAAGGAAAUGGAGUUGUGUCAGUAGAUGCAGAAGAUGGCAUCACUGGAACCAGUGAAAAGGUUUCCAUAGCAACAGAUGCAGCUGAUAAGCAAGAUGAGCAAACAUCAAGUGUUACUCUAUUACCUACAGACAAAGCACAGAAGAGAACAGCCAGGUUUAUGAAAUUUCUGGAUUCAGACGCCGAGACGAGAAGAGAAAGAAAAAGGCAGAAGCUUGAUCAAAUGGCCAAAACAACCGAGCUGCUGCUGGAGAAAAAUAUGGAUACGUUAUUGAUUGCAACAAAGUUCCACCCUGCCCCUAUUCUUCUAGCGCUCAUUGACCAUCUAGGUUUAUCAAGGCCUUUUGCUGUCUUCUCUCCCUAUAAAGAGGCUCUUGUAGAAUGUUAUGUGAAGCUUCGUGAGAUGGGAGGAGUUAUCAAUCUCAGCAUAACAGAAACAUGGCAUAGAGAAUACCAAGUACUACCAGACAGGACACACCCCAUGAUUACAAUGAACCAUGCAGGAGGAUACAUACUCACUGGGAUGCAUGUAGGAAAGUGAGAGAAGACCUCAGUCAAGACUGCAAGCAAAGCCUCCUUUUGAUGCGAUGCAGCUAAGAAAACUUAGCAAUACUUUUCAUCUUUUUUUAGACAUGAUGAGACAAAUAGCCCCAGUUUAUGAAGGUGCAUUAUUUGCUUCAAGUUUUAAGAAUUGACCAAAGUUGCAUUGAAAAUGAUAGUAGCAGGCUUUCGCAAAUGGAGAUGCGUGCCUCGAGUGCGUGGAGGUCAGUCAACUGUACACAAACUUCCCAUCUCGGCCAAUUCUUAGUUUUGCAUUUGUGUAUACAGAAAUGCCAGUUUGUUUACAGAAGUUACAGCAUAAUAACACAUGAACUUUGCUAGCGCUAUGCAUGUAUUUUUAUGCAUGCCAUGCAUGAAUCUUUUUACUUGUUUACCACUCAUGAAUGGAAUUGGCCCCCCCCCCAGGUCCAUGCCGAGGUAUCGUGGCCGAAUUGAAUACUAGUUUGACUCAGUACUGUUGUACAUUUCGGCGGUAUGGGGGAAUUUCUUGAGAUUGGUUUACCCCCUGCUGAGAUUUUUCCGGAUGAUCCAUUCCAUCCUGUUUGCGAAAGCCAACUAUUUUUUUGUGUGUCAUAGUUGGUUUUGUUAUACCAUGUCAGUUGCGGUAAAAAUCAUGAGCCACAACCCGUGAGAUAUUGUUUGUCUAUGUUAAUGGGGACAGAGCCUGUUUGCUGUAUUAUUUUAAAGACUUUAUUCCUGAUGCAAUUUUUUUUAUAUGGGCGACAAACAAAAUCCUUCCUCUGCAGCCUUUGUACACCUCAUUUUCAAUUGACUUUGUACACUAAUAUAGGUGAGCAUUGUUGAUUAGCUAUGUUGUGUCAUGUCUGAAUGAUCCUCAAAUCUGCAUUUAAAGGGGUAAUUAAUCUGACUAGAGUAUCCAAGCACUUCAUGGCAAGGUUGGAAUAGAGCUUAAUGUACACAACUUAUUUUUAACAACUUUGACUCUUUUUUAAACAUAUAUAUUGCUUAAACUUGGUUGGUAUUUUUUAUUCAAAUGAUAGAUUCAACUCAAAUUUUCUCUCAUUAAUCCUACAAGACCUGUCAUACUGGGUUUUUUCAAUAUAUUUGAGAAAUAAUUUCCAUGAAUAUUGCACUAAAUUUCAGGAUUGAUUGAUUUUGUUUGUGUGAAUCAAUGCCCAGUUUCCUCUGAUUAGCCUUUCAAGAUCAUGCACUAUUUACCAACAGUUUAUACCACCAUUAGUUAUUCUGAUUAAAGUUCUAGAACCAGUUUUGAUCCAAUGUUGAAGAGGAUUGAAUACCUAGUAACAAGUACAUUUCUUGUUCGAUUUUAUUACUGAUAUUAUUACCCCGGCUAAAGCCGGGGUAAUGAUAGCAGUGCUUUGUAUCCUCAGGCAAAAGGCGCUUUAUAAAUGCAGCUAUUAUUAGUAUUAUUCUCUGGUUUAUCAUACAAGGCUGUGCACAACACUACAUAUUCAGUAAAUUUGUUGUGAUUGGGAUUUGAAUAGCAGAAUGAUAACUUUCAAGUUUUUCAGAUUUAAUGAAUACUCCCAUGAAUAAUUCUUCAAGUCUUUAGUGCAUAGCUGCAAUUAUGACCGAAAAUUCUGGACAUCCAGUUCUAUUUCUUGUUCAGGUACAAUGUUACUUUAAUAGUGAACAUGUUUUGUACAAAAAAGCCAACAUAAGACCUUUCAUUAAGAGAUUUCUUUAUCUGAAAUGGAGUGUUAGAGAUUUUUACAAUAUAUUAUGGGUAUAAAAAAAAAAAUUAAUUUCAAUGUAAUUUAUCCUAAAAGAAAAACUUGCAUAAGCCUACAUUUUAACAAACUUUUUAUAAGAUUUGAAAUUUUUAACUUUUUACUGAAACAUAGAGUAAAACCAGAUUCUUGAAUAAAUUCAGAUAUAUACAAUACCAAAGCCCUAAGGUUUGGUACAUAUACAAACUGGUAUUUCUUAUUGUCUGCAUGAAAUGGUUGCAUUUAUUUAGCAAAGAGUGGCUCAUAAAGAAACAGAACACUAUUUGAAUUUAAUCAAGAGUUGGAACUGGAGAUUUUAUAAUUCGUUUUUUAAAAGUAAUUUUUGUGUUUUAUAUAUUCAUGACUGAAAAAAUGCAUUCCUAAAGGGAAAUUGGUAAAAAUGCAUUAAAAAGAAAUUUUGACAAAUCCUCUUAUUGACUAAAUAUAACUCGGGAACAAAGAGCACAAGGAAAUUACAAGGCUGUGUUUUUAUGUCAUGUUCAGUUUAUUAAUUUAUUUUCGUAUUGAUUCAGUUUUCAUCAGGUAAGUGAAGUUGAAAUACCCAGGCCCCAUUUUAUAAAAUCUUGCUACGAUAGCAGCUCUUUCUAGAAUGUCAACUUUCAUUGGAAGAGCCAACCAGGUCCCCAUUUCAUAAAAUGUUGCUAUGAUAGCAGCUCUUGCUGGAAUAUCAACUUUCAUUUAAAGAGCCAACCAGGAAGUAUGGUUUUAAUUGUUGUCAUGGUAGUUGACAUUCCAGUAAGACUUGCUAUCAAAUCAACUUUUUUAUGAGCCCAAAACAACUUUUAUAUUGACAAAAAGUAGAAUAAAUUGAGUUAUCACAAUUAUCUGUUCACCUUAAUCAAAUUGGACUGGCAAGUCCAUUAUUGUUAAAUGUAGUUUUAAAAAUUAAUUUAGAUUUUAUGAGAACUUGUUCGUUUUUCAAGGACAUGUGUAUUGGCUAUGGAUAAGAUUUGUAUUGGACCCUCAUUUUUUUUAUUCAAAAUUCAAUUUUUAUUCAUUCCAAGCAAAAGAGUAGUUAAAAAUUUUCAAUUACUGAGUGUCUUUUCUAAAUCAUAACAAACAUGCAAAAUGUUGAAGAUCAGGCUCUAUCAGAGUUAUUAAGUAAUACUGAUAGGACAAAGCAGGAUGUACCUUUUGUUCCCAUGUACCUAGAGAAGAUGCAAAGAACUGGGUGACCUGCAGAAAAAUUGUACAUGUGUUAACUGCAUUUGUCAGUAUUAAAAGGACUGCUAUUUUAUGGAAAA